AUAAUGAAAGACAUAACACUGAGUGAACAAGUAUAUUUUGUAAAUCUUAUGUUUUAACCAUAAAAAGUAAAAUUAUAACUUAUAAAAAUAGACCUUUAAAUUUAAGGUCUUGUGAAUAAUACAAUUGCAUAAUAUCAAAUUAGAGAACAUAAACAUGCAGACAAAGUAAAAACAGCAAUAAAAUUAAAAAUGUAUAUAAUCAAACAUAAAUACUUUUUACAUGAUAAUUAAGUAUGUUAAUUGACCCUCAUUAUUUUCUAUAGAUUGUACUGCCCAUAUAAUUUAUACUUAUUUUGAUAUGGGUUGUUGUUAUAAAUAUUAUAUUAUUUAACUUUCACUAUUUCAUUUUAUACCAAGUUUAAAAGCUUAACAUUUAUUAUUACUUAUUUUAGUUUGUAAUUAAUACAAAAAUGAUUUUCUUACAUGAAAAAAGAUAUUUUGUGCAAAUAUUUUUUGUAUUUUUUAACUUAUAUAGCGAUAGUAUGCAAUUAAAUUUCAAAUGGCCAGAAAGUCAUAUACAGUUAACUCCUUGUCAUUCAACAUAUACAAUAUCUUCAGGGAAUUAUGUAUUAGACUAUGAUACAAAAGUAACUGGGAAUUAUCAUAACGAUUGCACUUUUUUAAUAGAAAGUCCACCAGGAACACAGAUGCUAUUGAAUGCAACAAUUAUAAUAUUAAAUAAAACAAAUGAAGAUGAAUGUAUGGACUGGAUAAAGUUUUAUGAUUUCUAUAGCAAUACAACAUUAAUACCUUUAGGAGAAUACUGUAAAUCAAAAAAUCUAACCAAUUUAUUAACAUUUUCAAACAUUGUGUACAUUAUUAUUAAUAUUUCACCAGACGAUUUAUUUCAAUUAAGUAUAAGUACUUAAGCUUAGAAUUUUUUUUAAAAAUAAUAGCAAUUAAAUAAUUUUAAUACUUAUUUUUUACUUAUUGUUAUUUUUAUUGUAACAAUACUGAUUUUUUUUGUAAUAGAGUUUCAAGAACAGGAUUUUAUUAUCAAUUUUAAUACUAGAAUUAUGUAGAAUAUUAAAUAUUCUAAAUUUAAAAUUAAUUUAAUUCUAAAUUUAAUAUUCUAAUUAUUUUAGGGUUAAUCAUAUUAAAUAUUAUUUAAUUAUUAAACAAGAAAUUAUUUUAUUUAAAUUUUAAAUAUCUAAUUUACUUUUACACAUAUUUUUCUUUUAUAGGUAUUUAAAUUAGUAUGUGGUACUGACGAGAUGUUGUAAUCAUAAUUUAAAAAAAAAACAGUUUA